AUUUUUUUUUCUUGCAAAUUUGAUUGUCACAACCUUUGUGACGGCGCCGAACAAUUACAAAGAUAGUGAGAUUCACAAUUUUGGAAUCAAUAUUAUUUUCUGUUUUGCUAUAAGUCACUUUCAGUAAUUCAUACACGUUGUGACUGUAAUAAGGAGUAAUGUCCGGAAUUCGCACCGGACGCGUGAGUAAGCAUAGGAGAGGCCAUCGUAUGAAGACUCGGCCAGGUCUGAGAAUGAUGGCAAUUAUGCAAGACAGAAAGAGUGAGGAAGUUCCGAAGGAAUUUCUCGAGACUGGCAGGACGGGGCGCCGGAACGCGAUGCCUGACAUCCUGCACCCGCAGGGCGCCGAGUGCACCACGGCGGACCUGCCUUCACGGCUGCAGCAGCUCGCCACUACCGAUACAGACAACCCGCAGCCAUGUUCAUCUAAAGCAGAACUCGAAAUAAGCAAGGAGGAGGAUUCGACGGCCAAGAAAGACUGCAGUUGAGCUGCGUUCCUCAGUCAAGAGUCCCAUGUGGACGCUACGGGACUUACCCAAAGCUAAAGCAAUCUCAAUCAGGUACUAGUGUAGCGAUGAGUACGUAGCCUCAUCAUGCUUAUUAGGAAGGUUCGCCAAUAAGUCGUAGUAGUUUGUAGCGACUUAUUGCAUUGCAGAGUUCUGAGCGACGGAGGAUAUUUUAAUAUCACUAAAGUUAACUUCAUGGAAUAACACUAGGUGGGCACUUUGUCGGAUGUAAUCGACAUAUCAUAAAACAGUUAACUAAUUUAUUAUAUGAAAAUUAUUUAUGUUAGUCUUUAAUAUUAUUAAUUGUAAUUGGUUUUACAAAUGUUUUUAAUGGACUAUGCAAGUUAUGAUGCAACUGUUUCAUGUUGUAACUCUUUUAAUCGUACGUAAUUUAUAGAUUAGGGAACAAGUGUUUUAUUAUUACAUAUUUAUGCAUGAUACUAUUUUAAAGUAAUUUGAUAGUAACUGACACACCGCUGGUCGGAAAAAUGUUGCAGUUCCUUAUUGUUCCAAAUGCACAUAAUAAUGGCUAAUAUUAAAUAUUAUUUAUUCUUAGAUUUUAGCUUAAAAGUACAAUUUUAUUUUUAUUUAACCAUUCAGUGUGAUGUUAAGUUUUAAGAUAGUUUGGUUUAUAAACCAAUACCAAUAUAAAUAUUUGGUGCCGUUCUAUUUACGUGUUGUGGUUGUUGAAACACCAACUGCGUGUUAUGUGUGAUGUUGUUCAAUAGACCACAAUAUUUUAUUUGUAUUGAUAACUACGAAAUGCUAGAAUGAAUUUAUUUUAUUGUUAUAUUAUUACUAUUUGUAUUAUAAUUUUCCAUAAAUUUUGGCAGCAUUACAUUAAUAUCAUAGUUUAAAUCAAUCAUUAAUAAUAUUAAUAUAUUACCUACGUUGAAUAUGUUGGUAUGUGCCUCAAAACAGUAAGAACCGUAGUAUAACUGAUCUUCGAAUUGCUAUAGGAUCUUAACUUAAUGUAACUUUAAUCUGGAGAUUCAACAUUUAUUAUUAUUAUUGUUUAGAAUCAUUAAUGUGCAAUAGUAAGUAGCGGCGCGGAUGUGACGUGACGUGUAUCACGCCGCGCACGUUGAGAGGGCGAUCGUGUCGUGCUGUCAUGCCAAUCAUCACGCAUCAAGCUAGCUGGAUGUAUAGUUGUAUACUUACUAAGAAAUAAUUUUAUUUGUCGUACAGAGGGUUUUUAAAGGGCAGUUCUAUUUAUCUUCAAUCGUUGGAUCCGUUUGUUUUCUUUCCAAUUUUUUAUCACAAAUUACUAACAUAAUAUAUUAUGGAGUUAUUCAAAAACGCGUUACUGGCCUGAAUUAGCGAAUAAUCGUUUGUCUUUGUAUGUCAUUUUGACUUAAGUAUUUGGCAAAAAGGGAUAAAACACAAUUUAACUAAAUCAAGCCCGUAAAGUUUUAUGAAUAAGGGGGUAAGUUUUUAGUCACACCAUGCAGUAACACCAAUAAAUCGUAGGUACACUUACUAAAGUAAGUGAUAAAUUAUAAAAUAUAUACCACAUCUGAUGAAAAGUAGAAUAUUUGAAUAAGAAACAAUUAUCCUAAAUAAUAAGGUGUUCUUGGGACGAGUGGGCAGAAAUGUAGGUAUAUAUACAUAUAUAUACAUGUAUAUACAUAUGUAUUAGGUAUAUAUACAUACGU